CAAAAAUAGUUCAAAUAAAUUAAUUUCAGUCAAAUCCUAUCGGAGCAAAACAGAGCAUAAGUGCAAAAGAUUCAUUUCCAAAUGUCAUACACUUUCAUACUUGUUACUCCGUCACGUAGAUAAUUGUCUUUUACCUGGUCUAAACACACACAAAAGCGUUCACCUAAAACAAAACACAUAAUUAUUUUAUUCAAAUCAAAAAAAUAAGUCAUUAUUUUAUGAGAUCUUCUCUCUGACUUUGUUGUUUAUAUCACUCUCUCUAUUUAUUUUAUUUUUAUAAAAACAAUUCAAAAGUUAAGAUAAUUUUCUCUCAAAAACAUUAUUAAGUUAAGAUAGUCUUUUCUCGAUACGCUCUCUCUAUAUAUAUGACAAAUCCUACGAACGAUACAACAAUCAUAACAACCAACAUUUUCAAAUUACUGAAAGAAAAUCUUCUUACAAAAAGAAUGAGUAAUCGAGUUACUGAGUUGCAGAAGGAAUUCGUUUAUUACACUUCUUCCUUGUUUGAUCAGGGGAUUUUGAAUGAUCAGUUUAAUCAUCUACAAUUACUGCAAGAUGAAAGCAACCCGGAAUUUCUAGCUGAGAUUGUCAAUCUUUUCUUUCAAGAUACUCAAAAGCUCCUUGAUGAUUUGACUAAAAAUCUAGAGCAAGAGAAUGUGGACUUCUUGAUGCUUGAUAAAACUCUCCAUCAUAUUAAGGGCAGCAGCUCCAGCAUUGGUGCAGUAGGUGUGCAAAAUGCAUGUGUUGCAUUUGUAACUUGUUCGAACGAGAAGAACAUUGAAGGAUGCUGGAGAUGCUUGGAAGAAGCAAGGAAUGCAUACAACGUGGUGAGGAGCAAGCUCGAUACCUUACUUAAGGUCAUUUGUUAUGUUUUUAUAGAUAGAGCAAGAGAUUGUAGCAGCUGGUGGGUCAAUUCCUAAGCCAUCAGUCGAGCCAGAUGAGGAAUAGUGCCAGAAGUUAUUUCAUCAAAGAAGAAACAACAUCAUGAAGAAGUAUUUUUGUCGUUUUCCCUUCCUGUUAAAGAGUAGACCAAACCUAAAGGAAUGGUACUAGUACUUUGUUCAUAUUCCUAUUUUGAUUUCAGUAAUAACAACCUUGUAAGACAAUUAUAUUUGCUCUC